GCAGCUUGUCCCGGAGCCGGCUGCUGUGCCUCAGUGCCCGGCCUCAUGCCCCACAAGCGGCCAGGUAAGGCCGAGUCGGAGACACGCAAAGAGGGGCAGGACCCGGACAAGGCAGGGCAGGCACCCCCGAAAGACAAGGAGGAGCAGAAGGCCAGCAAGACCCCCAGCUCUGAGUCGCACAGCAGCCUGCACUCCGGCCACGGGCGCAAGCACAACAAGAAGCACCACUCUGACGCCCACGCUGAUGCCACCAAGGCCUACUCGCCCUUCCUCAACACCGUCUUCGGCAGGGAAAGGGAUCUGUCCCCGAUAGAGCUGGAUGAGCUGCUGGAUGCCUUCAAGGAAUUCGACACGGACCAGGACGGCUUCGUGAGCUACAAGGACCUGGGGGCCUGCAUGCGCACCAUGGGCUACAUGCCCACCGAGAUGGAGCUCAUCGAGAUCUCCCAGCACAUCAAGAUGAGGAUGGGCGGGCGCGUGGACUUUGAGGACUUCGUGGAGAUGAUGGGGCCGAAGCUGCGGGAGGAGACGGCCCACAUGGUGGGAGUGCGUGAGCUCAAGAUUGCCUUCCGCGAGUUUGACAUGAAUGGGGACGGGGAGAUCAGCAGCACGGAGCUGAAGGACGCCAUCCUGGCCCUGCUGGGGGAGCAGGUCCCAUCCCAGGAGGUGGAGGAGAUCCUGCAGGACGUUGACCUGAAUGGGGAUGGCCACGUCGACUUCGACGAGUUUGUGAUGAUGCUGUCCUCCCGCUAACGAGGCCUCAGGCGGGGACCCUGCACCUCCCAUCGCCAGCUUCCAGAGGGACCCGAGUAGCUCCGAGUGGAUCCCCGCUUCUUCUCUCGCUAGCAGGAAGUUCCCUUACGACUCCCUCCUGGGCUUUUCUAAGGAGACCCCUCCCUCUGGGUCUGUCUGCCCCUCUGCCAGCUCCUCUCCCCCCACGUGCUGCCAAGGGGCAGGGUUUGCAUGCCCGGUUGGCAACCCCAUUGGGGCUACUAAGCCUCUGACUAGUCCAGGCCCCGUUCUCCAGCUGGGAACCCAGAGAAUCUCCCCUCGCCUCCGAUCAGAGUGCCCCACUGGCUCCCUUUGCUGCUGCCUUGAGCUGGUCUCUGCCUCCAGCCCCGCCCCUGAGUGCCCUAGCUCCUGCCCCAAGUCCUGCCCUAGCUUCCAGCCCGCGUUCCGGCCCCACGUCAGGGAAAUACUCCCUCCCCGCCAGUGGCGAGAUUGGAGUGGGGAGACCAGCCCACCCCCCUCUACUCAAGCUCCACUCCCAUCCCCUGCUCGCCAAAUGGCUCUGCUAAAAUGCUCGGCGGUAACAGGGCACGCACAGUGGUGCUGCUUCUACAGGGGUGGUGGCGCUGUGUCCUGGCUUUUAGACGGUCCCUUGUAGCAGUGAUUCCCGACUGUUGUGCUGUGGCACACUGCUGGGCCAGCAGGCCCCUCCUGGCGGGCUGUGGAGCGUUUUGCAAACGACACAUGAGCACAGAAAAACCCACCUUCCCUGGUACUGCAACGUGCCUCGGAGCUGGUGCCAGUCCAUGCGUUAGCUCUCCAGGAUGAGGCCUCUCAUACUGUGCGCGCUUCACUUUCCAUUCCCCACAGCGAGGCUAAGAGGGAUAAAACGUAAACACGGACAACGGACUCUGAUGAAUGCAAGAUGCUGCAGUGAGCCUCUGAUGAUGAGGCACAUAAAAAAGACGUACAAUUCAAGCCUUAGAUUUACAUUUACAUUGGAUUUAGGGCUCAGAGGGGUUGCCCUGUUAAUCUGUAUCUGUAAAAACAACAAGGAGUCCUGUGGCACCAUAAAGUUUAACAGAUUUAUUCGAUCUCAGAGGGGUAGCAGUGUUAGUCUGUAACUUUAAAAUCAAUUAGUAAGUCCUCAGGCACCAUAGAGACUAGCAAAUAUGUAUUAUAUAAACCUAAAAAACAAAAAAAGGUCUGGUGGCACUUUAUGGACUAACAAAACAUGU